AUGCUUAACACUGUCCGCGUUUGCAUUGAGACUGCUCCUACUUCCAAGCCAGAGCUCUUGGAGGAGCAGGAGUCUUGGCUUCGCGACUGGAAUGUCGCAAUGUCUGAUAUGACCGCUGUAUACGAGCGGGCGCGUGCAGCUUCGCUGCACGUGUCUCUUAACGACAUGGAUGCGGUGACAUUGGCCGAGGGCAAAAUUGCCGCAAGGACGCUGACGAGAGCCGUGAAGAGCUGGAAGGAGAAGGCAGAAGAGUCUGCUGUAACCAUGCGCCCAGCGCAUGCCGACAAGGGGAAGGGUAAGGAAGUCAUUGCGGCAGAGGAGAAGGCAGUUGAGAAGGUGGCGGGGUCUGGUCCGACUGAUAUGGGGCAACCGCAUUUGGGUGGGUGGAUGACCGUGUCCUCGGUUACCCAUCCUGCUGAGCGUUGUGAACGCUGCGCCGUGUCCGGCGCCAAGUGCGUCGUCGUGCAUGCGGGUGGGAGGUGCGAAGGGUGCAUCAAGGCACAGAAAGGCUGUUCAUUUGUCGCGGCUAAGAACAAGGGACGCGUGCCGGCUGCGCCCAAGUGCAAGGCGCCACCCUCCGUGCAAACGACUGCACCGGACACCGCUGCUCCUGCUAAGGAGAUCAUUGUGCAGCGCCCCAAGCGUGCACUCGCCCCCGAUGCUGCUCCUGCGGCGAAAUGUCCUCGUCUGGAGGCCGACCUGGAGUUGGAAGAGGCACGCGCAGAAGCUGCGCGACUUCGCGCCCAGAAUGCCGAGCUUCGCGCUCAAAACGAUAAGUACUGCACCGCGCUGACCGAUAUCCGCCAGCACUCUUGCACGCAAGAGUCCGAGUUGAUGCAUAUGAGCAACCAGCUUUAUGCCUUUGCGCGCGACUGGGGAACUUGGGAGAAAAAGCUUGGGGAGAUCCUGGAGGAGUAG